CUUCUUUACUACCGGCAUUCUCAUUAUUAUAGUAAAGGUGUGGUUGUCUAAGCAGUUUGAUAUGAAGGACUUAGGAGAAGCAGGACACAUUCUUGGUAUUAAGGUCGUUCGAGACCGUAAGAAGAGAAUGUUGUGCUUAUCCCAGUCAUCAUACAUAGAAACUGUAUUGGCUAGGUUCAGCAU